AUGGUUAGAUAUAUGAAAAAUUAUACAUUUCCUUUUAAUAAAAAACAAGAAAAUUAUCGUGUAGUUACAAUUGAUGAAAUGAGAAUGUUAAAAAGAUUGAAAAAAUUAGUUAAUGAACAUAAUUAUUAUGAAAUUCAAAACAUGUUUAUGAAACUUUAUAGUGAAAAAAAUGAGUGUAUUGAACUUUUAAAUGUAAUGGAAGAGGAUAUAAUAGAUUACAAGAAAAAGAUUGAUGAAUUGAGAUUUAAAUCUUCAAAUAUUCCAAUGUUAUCUAAUACAGAGUUACUUGAAGCUGAAAAUAAACUUUUAAGAAAAGAAGUAGAAUAUUUACGAACUUUUGAAAUAGAUGAAUUUUCAGAUUUAAUAAAUAAAGAAAUAACGUGUCCGCGGUGUUCUUACAACUUUAAAAAAAGUACAUUAUCUGAUUGUACUUUCUUAUCUUAUGAAUUUGAAAAGAUGAAAACUAUUAAUGGAACAAUUACAAAUUUACCUGUUAUAGAUGAAUCUUCUGACGAUUCCUUUAUAUUGUAUGAAAAUAUUACUAUGAAUAAUAAUGUUGAGACAAAUAAUAAUAUUGAAAAUUUUGACAUCAAUUCUUCAGUUACAGAAAAUACUCACAUAAUCACAAAAAAAUCAUUUCAAAGAUUAACUCCUAAAGCACAAAAAAAACGUAAUAUGCGUUUUACUGAUAUGCUAUUAAAAAAGAAUGGUGGAGAAAAAUUACAUAUUUCAACACUUCAUCAUAUAAUAAAAGAAAUGGGUCAUGAAAAAUCUUUUAUGCCUAAAAUUAGCUUAGAAGAGAUAAGAGAUUAUGUAUCUCAUCAUAAAGUUUCAUUUCGUUCAAUAAAUAAAAUUAAGAAAAUGAUUGAAGACAAAUUACAAUAUAAAAUGUUUCCUGAAACUAAAGAAAUAAAAGAAAUAUGGGAUAUGACAACAAAGGAUAAAAUAGAUGAUUUAAAAAUGAACGAAAUAUUCAAAUCUGUUUUAGGUAAUCUUGAUUCACAUGAAAAUAAUCAAAUAAAUUUGCAUUAA